UGCACAAAGUGUAUCGCCCUGAAUACAAGUUCCUGUGAAGGUUCCAGUGUCACUUGUCAUCCAAAAGAGGUCUGUGGGUCGUCAUACACUGUUUCAGGGAGCGAGAUGAAACCAGAAACAAUUAUAAGAAAUUGUUUUCCUUGGAAUUUCUGUAAUAUGAGAGGAAGUUACAUCACUUUUGGUAACGUCCGAUCACAGCUCACCAUCAGUUGCUGUUUCACUGAUAACUGUACUACAUCUCAACCCACAUUUUCAGCCAUUAGUAAUGAGCCUAAUGGACUCGUCUGCCGAUCCUGCACCAUUGAAAACAAUACUCAAUGUCCCAAGAUUACAGCGAUGAACUGCACGGGAAAUGAGAAAAUGUGUGUACUACGGAACACUACCGUAAAAGGGCCCAAACCUUCUUCCAAACUACUCUACGGCUGCGCUACCAAGAGUAUCUGUGAGAUUGGGAAGGAUGCUCUUCAAAUUGAGAAUGUCAAAAUCGAAACCAAGUGCACAUGUACGGGUAGAAGUGUCAGCCUGUACAGCGGAUUCUCAUAUGCACUAACUAUUACCACUGUCCUAACUAAACUUGUUUUAUCAUAA